UAGCAACAAAUACUAGUCAUUUUUGUCUCUCGUGACGCCCAUUUAAGUGCUGUCAAAUGUGUUGAAAUAACCGCAGUACUCACUUGCUAAGAUUGUAAUUUCUCAAUAGAUACUUGAUAACAUUUUACGCGUGAAGGCGGGGCUUUUAUAGACGUCGCAUCGCGUUGCGUGCGUAAACGUCGAGUCAACAUGUCGGGAAGCGUUGUUAUAAGAGUUUUAUCUUAUCUAAGCAGAACAUCACACUUUCUACAACCGAAUAAGACGAACUAUGUGAAUAUAAGACGACCAUUCACAGCCAAGCUGCAAGGUGAAGGUCAGAUCAGACCGCUAGAUGGCGUUAAAGUCUUAGAUCUGACAAGAGUUCUGGCUGGACCUUUUGCUACUAUGAUAUUAGGAGAUUUGGGAGCAGAGGUGAUCAAAGUUGAGCGACCAGGCUCAGGGGACGACACAAGAGCAUGGGGCCCUCCGUUUGUGGGUGAUGAGAGUGCUUAUUUUCUGAGUGUGAACAGGAACAAAAAAGCAUUCGCUGUUAAUCUUAAAGAUCCAAAGGGGACCAAACUUGUAACUGAGCUUGCCAAAGUCUGUGAUGUUCUGGUGGAGAAUUACUUGCCCGGGAAGCUGAACGAGAUGGGACUAGGGUACGAGGAGUUGAGUGAAGUGGCCCCUCAUCUCAUCUAUUGCUCUAUAACAGGAUAUGGACAGACGGGCCCCGAGUCACACAAGCCUGGAUAUGACUCCAUUGCGUCUGCGGUGUCUGGAAUGAUGCACAUCACUGGUCCUGAGGAUGGGGAUCCAGUCAGACCAGGUGUCGCGAUGACUGAUCUGGCCACUGGUUUAUACACUCAGGGAGCCGUCAUGGCUGCUUUGCUUCAGAGACAGAAAACAGGACGAGGCCUUCAUAUAGACUGCAAUCUUCUGUCUUCACAGGUUGCUUGUCUAACUCACAUCGCUGCCAACUACCUCAACGCUGGUAUAGAAGCCAGGCGAUGGGGAACUGCCCAUGGAAGCAUUGUCCCUUAUCAGGGAUUCAAAACCAAAGAUGGAUAUUUGGUUGUGGCAGCGGGAAAUGACCAGCAAUUUAUGAAAGUGUGCAAAGUCCUGUGCAUGAACGGUCUGGCAGACAGCCCGAAGUACAAAAGCAACAAGUUAAGAGUUCAGCACCGCAAAGAGCUGCUGCAGAUUCUGUCCGAGCGGUUCAUGGAGGAGACGACUGGAGAGUGGUUGAGACGGUUUGAAGGCACCGGUGUCCCCUGUGGCCCUAUCAACAACAUUCAGCAGGUGUUCGCCAACCCUCAGGUUGCUCACAAUGGCCUUAUUUUGGAAAUGGACCACCCAAAAUCAGGAAGGAUAGCAGUGCCAGGCCCUGCUGUGCGCUUCAGUACUUUUGAAUCCAGCAACCCGAUGCCUCCCCCUCUGAUCGGCCAGCACACGGUCCAGGUUCUCCGAGACACCCUGGGGUACAGCGAUGAUGUCAUUAACCAACUGCUCGCCUCACGGACCGUCACUCAAAACAAGGUGCAGUGAGAGACGUCCCAUUGACAGGGAGAACUGUAAUAAAUAUUUCUGAACAAUCCUACUGCGAUCGGCCAGCAGGCAGGAAAAUAAAAAAAACUGCCUUCCUUCUUGGCUCAGUGGUAAUGAUGGUUGUGAUUAAACUGAUGAAUGUCCAUCAGAGAGGAAACUGCAAAUGUUAAAAUAAUGACAUAACGACGCAUUCAAUUCACACGUAAAGAAUAUGCGCUGCCAAAUGAUUUCAUUCUUUAAAUGAUUAGUAAUGUGCGCACACUGUAUUUGUCCAGAUAUCCGUACUGCCUGCGUGUUCAGGAUAAUGGUACCUACUACUCAAGAAUAUAUAUAUAUAUAGAAUGGGGUGAAAGAAAUGUAUUUGAGAGACGUUAAUUUGUGAUUUUUGCUUAAUUAAAAAUGAGCUAAGCAACACAAUUUCUAUACAUUUUGUCCUAACUUAGUUUGUGUUCAUUCCACCUAAACAUAUAUAUAAAAUUGAAGUUUACACAGAAAAAGUUUGUAUUGGGAUUACAUGAAUGAUUUGUGUUGCAUUAACUGAAACUGGGCGGUGUUUGUUAGGUUCCAGCAUGCUUUGCAUAUGGCUGAAUCAAGAGAAAGUAAAUGUUGAAAUUAAUUUAAUUUAUGUGUUUUUGAGCAAGAUUAGAAAACGGGGAGACUUGAUAGUGUUGAAUAGUGUUUAAUGUCCAAUUAUGUUGGAAUUAUUAGAACCAUUUAAAUUACACUGGGUUACCACUGUAGAGAAGAGUGGAGCCUUUCCUUGGGCUGUGGACUGAUACAGCUAAUUUUAUAAUUGCUUUGCUGAAGGAGCAUUUAAUGCUUAACAUUUAAGAUGAUAACGUGUGCUAUAGCUAGCUAAAAGUUUGUUAACUUUGUUUGUUACAGUAUUAUAAUUCAGUUGUAUGACACUAAAAUUUGAACUCGAUGAAUGGAUAUAUGAAAUUGAAUGCCUGAAUCAUGUCAGGGAGCCAUAUAAAAUUUGACUUUGAGAUUACUUAAUUGAAGUCAUUUAAAAUAUCUUCAUUCCAUGAUGUUGAAGUUACAUGAACAAGAUUAUGUUUGUUUAACUUAAUUGAUUCAUGUGGGACUGAUGUACAAGAUUAAAUCAUGUAAAUCCAACAAACUUUUUUUUUUUUUUUCAGUGCAUACCGUUACUGUAAUUAUUCAGCAAUCUGUUAAUAUGCUACUUGGCAAAAGCAAUGUAAAAAUAAGCUGUAAUAAAAAGUUUGAGAUCA